AAAAACCAGACGAAAAUGGAAAGGUUACGUUAUCUCUAUUUGAUAUAUUCAGCAGCAUUUGCAUUGUGUCUCGCCGUUUCAGUUCUUUCCCAAGAUCAAUCAGGUUUCAUAAGCAUUGACUGUGGAAUCUCAAGUGGAUCAUCAUACACAGACGACACAACGGGCAUAGUCUAUGUCUCAGAUUCAUCCUUCGUCGAGACCGGAGUCUCCAAAUCGGUCUCCUUCACAGCUCAAACACAGCUUCAAAACCUAAGGAGCUUCCCGGAAGGUUCUAGAAACUGCUAUACACUGAUCCCAAAACAGGGGAAAGGCAAGAAGUACCUCAUACGAACCACUUUCAUGUACGGUAAUUACGACGGAGAAAACAACCCACCCGAAUUUGAUCUGUUUCUUGGAGGAAAUAUCUGGGCCAGUGUGUCGUUAGACGAUACAUCCAUCGUUGUUACCAAAGAAGUUAUUUACUUGAGCCAAUCUGAGAAGAUAUUUGUCUGUUUGGGAAACAAAGCCAAAGGAACUCCAUUUAUAUCAACAUUAGAGCUUAGGUUUCUCGGAAACGACAAUACGACGUAUGACUCUCCAAACGGUGCUCUCUUAUUCUCUAGACGCUGGGACUUUCGUUCUCUCAUGGAUCCACCUGUCAGAUAUAGUGAAGAUGUCUAUGACCGAAUCUGGAAACCUCACAAUUUAAGCGACUUAUAUAGAGAGGUCAACACAUCACUUCCAGUGAUCUCAAACAAUAAUAGUUACAACAUUUCAAGUUUGGUGAUGAGCAGAGCACUGACUCACACAAACAUAACAGAACCCAUCAAAAUGGUUUUGAACAACAGUGAUCCGAAUGUCAGGUACUUUGUUUACAUGCAUUUCGCUGAGGUCGAAGAUCUCAGUCUCAGAACAAAUGAGACCAGAGAGUUUGAAAUCCGCAUUAACGGAGUGAAAAUGGCUGACGUCAGUCCAAAAUACCUUCAAACAGACACUGUUUUUUUGAAGCCUGAGAGCCAAACGGAUAUUAAGUUUACGCUCGAGAGAACCCCUAAGUCUACGCUUCCCCCUAUCAUCAACGCUCUAGAGAUCUACAUCGGAAACAGUUUCUCCCAGUCUUUUACCAGCCAAGAGGAUGGUGAUGCGGUUUCUAGCAUAAAGGUGAGUUAUAAAGUGAAGAAAAACUGGCAAGGAGAUCCUUGCUUACCUAAUGAAUACAUUUGGGAAGGCCUUAAUUGUAGCUAUGAUAGUCUCACUCCUCCCAGAAUAACAUCACUGAGCUUAGCCUCUAGCGGGUUAACGGGUCACAUAUCUCCCUCCUUCUCUAACCUCACAAUGAUCCAAGAGCUAGACUUAUCAAACAAUGAGCUAACCGGAGACAUUCCAGAGUUUCUGUCAAGACUGAAGUUUUUGAGGGUUUUAAAUCUGGAGAAAAACAAGCUAACGGGCUCGGUUCCGUCCGAGUUAUUAGAAAGAUCAAAGAGCGGAUCGCUCUCGCUAAAGGUCGGAGAGAAUCCAGGACUCUGUACCGAGAUUUCUUGCGGAAAAAGUAACAAGAAAACAUUUGUGACGGCGUCUGUCGCAUCAUUGGCAGCAUUUUUCAUUCUCCUAUUAUUGUCUGGUGUGUUUUGGAAGAUCAAGAACCGCAGGAAAAAGUCAGUAAACUCGGCGGUGGAAGAAGAUGCAGACAAUGGAACAAGAAACAGGCCAAUGGCAGAUUCGAACACAUUAUUGUUUACCUUUGCAGACGUUGUAAAGAUGACAAAUAAUUUCGGUCGUGUCCUCGGUAAAGGAGGUUUUGGAACAGUUUACCAUGGCUACUAUAACAACCUUCAAGUUGCUGUUAAACUUUUAUCAGAAACAUCAGCUCAAGGAUUCAAAGAGUUUCGCUCUGAGGUUGAAGUUCUUGUGAGGGUUCAUCACGUAAACCUCACUGCGCUGAUUGGUUAUUUCCAUGAAGCUGAUAAAAUGGGAUUGAUCUAUGAGUUCAUGGCUAAUGGCAACAUGGCGGAUCAUCUCUGUGGAAAGUAUGGUCAUACAUUGACCUGGACACAGAGACUUCAGAUUGCACUUGAUGCAGCACAAGGGCUUGAGUAUCUUCACUGGGGAUGCAAACCUGCGAUAGUUCACAGAGAUGUGAAGACUUCGAACAUAUUGUUGAACGAAAAAAACAGAGCAAAGCUUGCGGAUUUUGGACUCUCGAGGAGUAUUCAGAGAGAGAGUCGCUCUCACGUAUCCACUCUAGUCGCUGGGACUCCCGGAUAUCUCGAUCCACUAUGCUUUGAGACAAAUGGGUUAAACGAGAAGAGUGACAUUUACAGCUUUGGAGUUGUUCUAUUGGAGAUGAUUACGGGAAAAACUGUUAUCAGUGAGUCACAAACGAAGCGUGUUCAUGUGAGUGAUUGGGUGAUAUCUAUCUUGAAGUCUACUAAUGAUGUGAGCAACGUGAUAGAUUCCAAAAUGUCGAAAGAUUUUGAAUCAAAUUCUGUUUGGAAAAUUGUGGAGCUCGCUUUGGCAUCUGUUUCGCAAAACGUCUCUGAGAGGCCAAACAUGCAACAGAUUGUUAGAGGACUGAAGGAGUGUCUUCAAAGAGAAGAGAGUUAA